AUGUCCUGGGAAACAAUCACUCCUCCUACGCCAAUCGAUACGUUUGACAGCAACUUGCAACGUCUUCGAGACUCUUUCGAGACCGGCAAGCUCGACUCUGUCGACUACCGUCUCGAGCAGCUGCGAACCCUGUGGUUCAAGUUCUACGACAACCUCGACAACAUCUACGAGGCGGUCACCAAGGAUCUCCAUCGACCCAGGUUCGAAACCGAGCUCACCGAGGUACUGUUUGUUCGAGACGAGUUCUCCACCGUCAUCAAGAACCUGCGAAAGUGGGUCAAGGAAGAAAAGGUGGAGAACCCCGGAGGCCCCUUCCAGUUUGCCAACCCCCGAAUCCGACCCGUUCCUCUGGGAGUGGUGCUGGUCAUCACUCCCUGGAACUACCCCGUCAUGCUCAACAUCUCACCUGUGAUUGCCGCCAUUGCUGCCGGCUGUCCCAUCGUGCUCAAGAUGUCCGAGCUGUCUCCCCACACUUCCGCUGUUCUUGGCCGAAUCUUCAAGGAGGCCCUGGACCCCGGUAUCAUCCAGGUUGUUUACGGAGGUGUCCCCGAGACCACCGCCCUUCUUACCCAGCAUUGGGACAAGAUCAUGUACACCGGAAACGGAGCCGUUGGUCGAAUCAUCGCCCAGGCCGCGGUCAAGAACCUGACUCCUCUAGCUCUUGAGCUUGGUGGCAAGUCACCCGUGUUCAUCACUUCCAACUGCAAGAGCGUUAUGACGGCCGCUCGGCGAAUCGUGUGGGGCAAGUUUGUCAACGCCGGCCAGAUCUGUGUCGCUCCAGACUACAUUCUGGUUGCUCCCGAAAAGGAGGCCGAGCUCGUCGCUUGUAUCAAGGAGGUGCUCCAAGAACGAUACGGCUCCAAGAGAGACGCCCACCACCCCGAUCUGUCCCAUAUCAUUUCCAAGCCCCAUUGGAAGCGUAUUCACAACAUGAUCGCCCAGACCAAGGGAGACAUCCAGGUGGGUGGACUCGAGAACGCCGACGAAGACCAAAAGUUCAUCCAGCCCACAAUCGUCUCCAACGUUCCAGAUGACGACAUUCUCAUGCAGGACGAGAUUUUCGGACCCAUCAUCCCCAUCAUCAAGCCCCGAACCCUCGGCCAGCAGGUUGAUUACGUCACAAGAAACCAUGACACCCCCCUGGCCAUGUACAUCUUCUCUGACGACCCCAAGGAGGUGGACUGGCUACAGACCCGAAUCCGAGCUGGUUCUGUAAACAUCAACGAGGUCAUUGAGCAGGUCGGACUGGCCUCUCUGCCUCUCAGUGGAGUUGGAGCUUCCGGAACCGGAGCAUACCAUGGAAAAUUCUCCUUCGAUGUCUUCACCCACAAGCAGGCCGUUAUGGGACAGCCCACCUGGCCCUUCUUUGAAUACCUCAUGUAUUACCGGUACCCUCCUUACUCCGAGUACAAGAUGAAGGUGCUCCGAACCCUGUUCCCACCGGUUCUGAUUCCUCGAACCGGCCGACCCGACGCUACUGUUCUUCAGCGAGUUCUCGGCAACAAGCUGCUUUGGAUCAUUAUUGCCGCCCUUGUUGCGUACGCCAAACGAAAUGAGCUGCUCAUCACCAUUGCUCAGAUUAUGUCGGUGUUUAUUAAGUAG